CUAUUAAUAUACUUGUUAAUUGAUAUAAGGGGGAAUUUAUGUGAAGUGAAAAGAAUGUUUAAAUUAAAAAUUAACCUCUGUCCUUUAUCGAAUUCUAAAUUCUGAUGCUCUUUUGUUUAAAAUAUUAUGAUUAAAUUAAUUAGUAGUUAUGCAAUGUACAAAAUGAAGUAUAAAAUAUUUUUAGCUACUGACUAUAUAAGGAAAUUGAUUUAAUCGCUGGGUUUUUUGGGUUCCUCUAUAUAUAAGCCUCGUUAUUUAUUCGGUCAUUUGACCCUAAGCACCCGCAGUGACCAGUAAGUUUGCAAUUCAAUAUGGCGGCUCGCGUGUUUUCGACGAUAGCUGCUGUACUUGUACUUCAGUGUUGUAUGAUGUCUUUAGCAGUGCCAGCAGAACCACCAAUGUCCACUCCACCAACAGGAAGUCCUAAUACCACGACAUCCGUUGCAGCGAUUUCAACAAAUACAACGGCCUCUACACCAUCAGAAAGUACGACUUCCACGACACCCGUUACACCAAAAGCGAAUUCAACAAAUACAACGGCCCCUACUACAAAUGGGGAUAAUUCUACCACGACACCCGUUACACCAAAAGCGAAUUCAACAAAUACAACGGCCCCUACUACAAAUGGGGAUAAUUCUACCACGACACCCGUUACACCAAAAGUGAGUCCAACCACUUCACCGACCACUAAACGAGAAGGGAAUUCCUCUAUCCCACCAUCACCCGCAGUAUCAUCCUCAACAGUACCUCCAGUAACUGCGGCGUCAUCGGGCUUGUCUCCUGGCGCAACUGCAGCAGCAGUGAUUGGAGGUCUGGCGGGAACUGGAAUUCUAAUUUUUGUGGGGAAAAUGGCCUACAAAAAAUACUUUUAAUAUAAGUGUUACUAGUUUAUAGUUAGUUUGUUAUUAUUGCAAGAAUUAGAUAAUUGAAGAAGACGAUCUUAGGGUUCCACCUGCAACCAAAGUGUAGCCGAACCUUCGUUUUUACAAGGCAAUGUAAAAUAUUUUACAGCAAGUGUA